GUCACCUUAAAUUAUGAAACUGAUCACUACUGAUCAAUGAUCAUCCUCUCCCAAAUUUAAUUAUCAAAAAACAAGAAAAAAAUAUUAUCUCCCAAAUUUCCCAUCAUGAAUCUGCAUCCACUUUUAAAUGUUGUGCUAUUUCUUUUCAUUCUCAUCAAACUCACUGCUUCCAUUAGUAAUCCAAGUCACUUCGCAGGCGAUGUUUUGAUUAAUUGUGGUUCCAAAGGCACUUCAUCUGCAGAUAAUGGCAGGGAAUGGAUUGGAGAUGUACAACCGAAAUCUUCUUCCGUACUACAAAUGAAGGGCUCGUCAACCAUCUCAACCGUCAUCCCAAAUUUGAUCUCAUCCGAUCCAGUUCCCCACGAAACGGCAAGAAUCUCCAAAACUCAGUUUUCCUAUGAAUUACAUGUGAGCCCAGGUCAGAAAAUUAUCCGUCUUCACUUUAAUCCCACUUCAUAUAAAGGCUUUAAAGGGCUCGACGACUUAUUCACCGUUGAAACCGGUCCUUUUACUCUGCUCAGUAACUUCAGUGCUUCACUCACAGCUGAGUCUCUUAAGGUUUAUUAUUUCGCCAAGGAAUUCUGUUUAAACAUACAAGAGAAUCAACGGCUAAACAUGAUUUUUUCUCCUGAAAGCGGUCGAUCAUCAGAUACAUAUGCUUUCAUAAAUGGCAUUGAGAUUUUCUCGGUGCCUCCAAGUAUUUCUUACUUUGAAGGAGGAUAUGUUGGGCUCCAACUGGUUGGUGAGAAGUAUUUGGUUUACUUUGAUUACAACACUGCACUUGAAAUACUCCACCGAGUAGAGAUUAAGCAAAACCCUGUUCAGUCUGAUGGAAAUUACGAUCACAUGUUUCCGAACCGGGCAUCCCGAAAUGCAAACAAAAUAAACAAUACCACAUGGAAGAUGCCGGUAGAUGUGGGGUUCAAGUACUUGAUCAGGGUUCACCUAUCAGAGUUGGGGCUCAAGAUUGCAGGAACUGGUGAUAAUAUGUUUGAAGUCCUUAUUAAUGAAAUGAUUGCUCACACUAAUAUGGACGUAGUUAACCGAAGGGAUGAAAAUUCCAUCCCAUGGUAUAGGGACUACAUGGUGAUGGUGAGUGGGAACAAAAAUGAGGGCAAACGUGAUAUAAUGGUUUCAUUGAAGUCGCAUGACGAUCUUAUAGGCGCUCAUGCAUUUUUUUCGGGAUUUGAAAUAUUCAAGUUGAGCAACUCUGAUAAUAGUCUUGCUAGUCCAAAUCCAUUGCCUCUAACUCGGGAAUCACCAUCCCACACUGUUCAAACUUUAUUCGUUCUUCUUUUUAAUAGAAAUGCAAUUGCAACUGUCGCAAUAUCUAUAAUUUCUUUCUUAUGUAUCGUCGUUCAUAAGUUGCUGAAAAUUCAAGAAGCUAAUACUGAUGAGGAGGGAAACAAGCCAAAGCCAUCGGUGAGGGCUGAACGUCUUUGUCGCAUUUUUUCACUAGAUGAGAUACAAUUAGCCACUAAAAAUUUCAGUGACACACUUGUAAUUGGAAGGGGUGGAUUUGGUAAAGUCUACAAAGGCCACAUUGAUAAAGAGCAAAUCACAGUUGCUAUAAAAAGGUUGAAAUCAAGCUCCAAGCAAGGGGCCCACGAGUUCUUGACAGAGAUCGAGACACUUUCUGAGCUCCGACAUGUGAACCUAGUUUCUCUAAUUGGUUACUGCAACGAGCAACGAGAAAUGAUUCUUGUUUAUGAAUACAUGCCAUGUGGAACAUUGGCUGAUCAUAUUUACAAACUUGAAAGGGAAAAUAAUACACGUUCUUCUCUCACAUGGAAACAAUUCCUUGAUAUUUGCAUGGGAGCUGGUCGAGGACUAGAUUACCUUCACACAGGCCAUGGAGUCAUACAUAGAGAUGUAAAAGCUUCAAAUAUCCUGCUUGAUGAAAAUUUCAUAGCUAAGGUUUCUGAUUUCGGAUUGGCCAAGCUUGAAAACAAAAGAAAGCUAGAGACCCACAUUACCACGAACGUUAAAGGCACAUUUGGGUACCUCGAUCCAAAUUACUACCGCACUCAUAAAUUGACCAGAAAAAGUGAUACAUACGCAUUUGGAGUAGUGUUGCUGGAAGUGUUGUGUAGGAGGCCCGCAGUAGAUUUGAUGGUUCCACAGGACGAGCGAGUUUUGUCCGUGUGGGCACGAGAUAAGAUAAACAAGGGAGAAGCUGAUCAAAUCGUAUCAAUUAGUAUGAGAGGGGAGAUUUCGCCAAAUUGCCUCAAGACAUUUGUUGGAGUUGCCCAAAGAUGCUUAUCUGAUGAACCGAAGAACCGGCCAACAAUGUGCCAAGUUGUGUCACAACUUGAGUUGGCUUUUGAGCAAUCUUUGGAAAUAGCAACAACUAUUUCUAAUGAAUCAUCAGUUCGGACGGGGCAACCAAUAGUUUUCUCUACAGCUGUGCAGAAUUUCCCCCUUCAUCCGAAUGAACAAACUAAUAGCAAUGUGGUUAUUGCUCAGCUUCCACAUGAUGAUAAAGAUGACUCAUUAGUUCAGACGAGGCAACCAACAAUUUUCUCUACAGCUGUGCAGAAUUUCACCCUUCCUCCGAAUGAACAAACUAAUAGCAAUGUGGUUAUUGCUCAGCUUCCACAUGAUGAUAAAGAUGGCUCAUCGGUUCAGACAGGGCAGCCAACAGUUUUCUCUACUGCUGUGCAAAAUUUCACCCUUUCUUCGAAUGAACAAACAAAUAGCAAUGUGGUUACUGCUCAGUUUCCACAUGAUGAUAAAGAUGGCUCAUCAAUUCAGACAAGACAACCGACAUUUUGCUCUACAGCUGUGGCAUAAUU